AUGAAGCCGGCGGUCGACGAGAUGUUCCCCGAGGGCGCUGGGCCCUACGUGGAUCUGGACGAGGCCGGAGGCAGUACCGGGCUGUUGAUGGACCUGGCAGCCAACGAGAAGGCCGUACACGCGGACUUUUUUAAUGACUUCGAAGACCUCUUUGAUGAUGAUGACGUCCAGUGA